AUGGAGGCAAGUGGGGACGCAGAUGCAGGGGGCACCGAGGCUCCUCGGGGGGAGCCAGGGCUGGAGGGAGCGUGCCGGCAGCUGCAGCCGGAGCGCCUGGGCACAGACUUCGGCCCCUGGCGUUUCCCCUGUUUGGGAAAUAAGAGACUGCAUGUUACUCUACCCACGGGCCUGAAUGGGGCUGCGGAGAACAUCCACGACUCUAAGACCUAUGCGGGUAGCAGAAGUAGGGCAGUGGGGAGGGAGCAGGUGCGCCCCGCGGGCUCUCCGCACGGAGGGAUCGGGAAGACCCGGAUAACCCGGCCGUCGGCCUUGCGGGAGAGCUGGUGGGCGCAGUGCGGGGGACGCAGCUUCCAGAGCCCGGGUUCUGAACCUUCUGGAGCUCAGGUUCUUCGCUUCAAACUUGGAAGUUUUCAGAAAGUGCAGGAGAAGGGCUGGAACCGGCCGCCUUUGGGGUUAACGCCUGUAAGUGGGGACCGCUCGGCCGGCAGGCACGCCCCGGGGGUGCGGGACCGGGACAGACGCUGGCUCCCCCCGCGCCGCCCGCCGCCGCACGUGUUCCGGCGGGCCCGGCCCGGCGCCGGUUCAGCGCCGCCGGGCCUCCCGGCGCAGAAGCCCCGCGCCCGCCGCCUAGCCUCCGGGUGUCCGCUCUGCGUCCCUCCUCCCCGCCGAGCGACCGGGCCCCGGCGGCCUCCUCCCCUGACCCGAACCAGCCCCAAACGGACCCGCACGGACCGCCGAGCCCCGGGGACCCCCCGGCUUCUCCCGCCCCCAGCGGUCAGAGCCGCCCUCACCCUAACCUGCUGCUCACCCCCAGCCGGGGGCAGCCAGGCCCCAUCUCCCCCCGCGCGAGCCCGGGGCCCCAGGGGUGCGGGGCUGCCGGCAUGA